AUGGUGCCACACACCGAGCAAGAUACCCAGAAGAAUUCCUGGGAAAACUGCCCAGCCAAAUCUUCUCGUGUCUCCGUUGGCACUCACAGCCUAUUCCUGUCCGUUUCGGGGCCUCCUCGCCAACCAGCGGAGCCUGUCAUACUUACAUUCACUGGAGCCGGGGACUCCACGUCAUCUUAUCCAGCGCUUAAGCGAUUGGUAUCUCCGCAUGCCCGCAUCCUACUCUAUGACCGCAGCGGUCUGGGUAACAGCGAAAGAGGCACCAGUCCCAUCAGCGCAGAAACAGCAGCGAAGGAGCUUUCGAUGGCCUUGGAAGCCGUGAAGCUGGGUCCUCCGUACAUCCUGCUAGCCCACUCGUACGGCGCCAUCGUUGCGCGCGAAUUCUUGCAUCUUCACGAUGAGCAUGUCGUCGGGAUGGUUCUGGCGGAGGCUUCGACCGAGAGGCAGUAUCUAUUCUUCGAGAUUCCAGAUCGUAAUAUCUUGUCGUUGCUGGGCGAUCUCAACUUUGCCACCGUGACAGGCCUGAGAGAUUCGUCCAAACUCUCCCGCGAGGAAUGGCGGGCCCGAGCUGAGGAAUUGUCGCGCUCAGCUGUAGCGGCGCAGGAGGAGGCUGACGGUUACGUGCAAGUCUGCCAGACAUUAGCAGAGAAAAACCAACUUGAGAGGCGCGUCAUGGGCAGUCGGCCAGUGUGUAUUAUUCGCUGCAAUACAGCAAGUGAGUACCAGCGAAUAUAUGAUAGGGGUGUAGAGGCGGGAAAUGGAACCGAAGAGGAGAGAAAAGCAUUCCGAGAUCUCCUCAGCCGAUGGGAUGACUGGGCCAAGGAGCUGGCCGAGGAGCAAACUCGAUUAUCGUCGAAAUGCAGACUGGUUCUUGUUCCUGAUUGUGGCCACAACGUCCACAUCGCUCAACCUGACAUUGUCGCAGAUGCAAUCAGAUGGGUAUUAUCCCAGACUACACCAAGCCGCAUGUAA